CGUCCUAAUAUGAGAUGGGACCAUAAGGACAUUGCGUUAUGGAUGAGGGUGACAGCGCCAGGUAGGAGUGGUCAGUCCUUUCGGAGUGAGUCAGGGGUUGGGGUACAGCAAGGUACAGGGACGCCCCCAGUUGGAAGAGGAUACUGCUUCCUUUUCAAUGAGGGAAGUUGCAAAUUCGGCCAAAAAUGCAAAUUUAGGCAUGAAUGUUCCGUGUGUGGCGGGGGCCAUGGGGCUAGCAGAUGUUUUAGAGGGGGUAGACAAAGGGGGGGGGAUAGUUUUGCAAAAGGGGCAGACCCCAGUGCGAGUGGAAAGGAUGGUGGGGCAUCUAAAUAGAUAUCCGAACCAGGAGUUAGCUGAAUUUUUGUAUUCAGGGUUUAAGUUCGGUUUUCAUAUACCUUCACACCCGUUACCAGUCUUAGAGAAGCGGAAGAAUUUGCGCUCGGCAUUGCAGUUCCCGGACAUAGUGACAGGAAAGUUAGCUAAAGAGGUUUCCCUAGGGAGGAUGGAUGGUCCGUUUGUUACAUCACCCAUCAGUAACUUGCGAGUUUCCCCUUUGGGUUUGAUCCCUAAGAAGGAGCCUAAUAAAUUUAGGCUCAUCCACCAUUUAUCAUUCCCUAAGGGUGCGUCGGUCAAUGAGGGCAUUGACCCGGAACUUUGUUCUGUGGUUUAUGCUUCCUUUGAUGCGGCUGUGGAAUGGGUAAGGAAGCUGGGUCCGGGUACCCUGUUGGCAAAAUGUGACAUUGAAGCGGCAUUUCGGUUGUUGCCAGUUCACCCGGAUAGUUUGUAUUUACUGGGUUGUUUUUGGAAUGGCGCAUAUUUUGUGGAUAGGUGUUUGCCAAUGGGCUGUUCAAUAUCGUGUGCAUAUUUUGAGCGUUUUAGUUCUUUUCUGGAGUGGGUGGUGGUUCAGGAAUCAGGUUGUCACUCUGUCAUUCAUUAUUUGGAUGAUUUCCUGUGUUUGGGGCCGGGGGGAUCUAGGGUUUGUUCGUUGUUGUUAUCCACAUUACAGUCUGUUUUUGAGUGUUUUGGAGUCCCGUUAGCGGUGGACAAAACGGUGGGGCCGGCUACUGAGCUAAGCUUUUUGGGUAUUGUCAUAGAUACACAGCGGAUGGAGUGUAGGCUACCAGUAGACAAAGUGUCAGAUUUAAGAACAGAGGUGGCGGCGGCAUUGACAGCAAAAAAGAUUCGUCUGCGGGACCUGCAGUCUUUGUUGGGCAAAUUAAAUUUUGCAUGCAGAAUCCUACCUAUGGGCCGCAUUUUUAGUAGGAGGUUGGCUUCGGCGACAGGAGGGGUGGUGUCUCCCCACCAUUUUAUUAGACUAGGCAGUGAGUUGAAAGGGGAUUUGAAAGUUUGGGAUUCCUUUUUAAAACAGUUUAAUGGCAGAGCAUUAGUUAUGGGGGGGGUGGUUGAUGCGUUUGAUUUCGAAUUGUUUACGGAUGCUGCGGGUGGAGCGGGUUUUGGGGCGUACUGUGAAGGGCAGUGGUGUGCGGGUCGGUGGCCUGAGUCCUGGGUACGAAAAGGGUGGGUAAAAAACGUGGCAUUGUUGGAACUCUUCCCCAUUGUGUUGGCAGUCACGCUCUGGGGGGAGAAGUUUCGGCACAAGAAGGUUCGUUUCCAUUGUGACAACUUGGGAGUUGUGCAAGCCAUCAACAGUGUAACGGCUUCUUCCCCCCCAGUUAUUUGCCUAUUGCAGCAGUUGGUUCUCCGGUGCUUGUCCCUUAAUGCUUGGGUGUUUGCGGUGCAUGUGCCUGGUUCCUCUAACUGUAUAGCUGACGCACUUUCUCGUUUUCAGUGGGAGCGGUUUCGCCAGCUGGCCCCGGAGGCGAGUCAGGUCGGAUUGGUGUGUCCAGAGUCGUUGUGGGAGAUCCUGGAGGUGAUGCCCCGUUAUUAGUUUGGAUCCUGGGCCAUUCGUUCGUGUUCUGGGGGGCAUUACGAGCGGAUGUUCGGCAGAAUGGGCGGCAGCUGGGGUUUGAUCGGGGGACAGCCAUAGUAAGAUGGAUCGGACGCAGAGGUAUGGUGUGGGGUAGUGUUUUGCAGGAGGUUCAUCGGCAAGCCAGGUUAGAUAGAGUCCCAGAUAUCUUGGUGUUGCAUGUUGGGGGAAAUGACCUAGGGGUCCGACCUUGCAGAGAGUUGAUCAGGGAUAUACGUUUUGAUUUUUUGCGUUUGUGGUCCCUCUUCCCGUCAGUUGUCACUGUGUGGUCGGAUAUUGUCCCCAGGAAGGUCUGGAGGGAGGCGAGAUCGGUUGAAAGGCUGAAUAAGGCUAGGAUUAAGCUGAACAGGGUGAUUGGGCGGUUCUGUGCCAAACAUGGGGCGGUGGUGGUGAGGCACCCCGAGUUGGAAGCAGGAACAGGAGGCUUUUGGAGACAGGAUGGAGUCCACCUCAAUGCGGUGGGCAUUGAUUUGUGGUCACUGGACUUGCAGGGAGGUAUUGAAACAGCCCUCCGGGUGUGGCGGAACGCGCGAGCUUAAGGGCUGUCAAGCUGCGCGUUGUUGGCGGGGGGAGGUCAUAGAAGCUGGGGCUACUGGAUGGUAACGGUGAAUGAGAGGGCCUCAAUGGUGGGGCUGGACUCUCAGAGUUGGGGCACCUGGUUGGCUUGGUAU